AUGACCCAAUCCGAGCUUUUAGAGAAUUUAGACGGCCCUGCCCCAUACUAUUGUGGGUUAAGAGCUUCUGAUAUAGAAGAAACCAAAACACCAGUUGCUUUAAUAUCUGGGACUUCCAAAACUUCUAAGACGUCUAACCUACCUGAGCCAGAAAUCAAUAAGCGGUCUCAAAAGGGCCAGCUCGAAACUAGCAAGCUUCCUGAAUCUAUCGAGCCUAUCAGUAAGGUGAUAAAUGCGCCUUCUAAAGAAACUGAUUCUUCCAAGCCUAUCAAUGAAAUAACACUUACUACUGACAUGGCUACGAAAACAGCUACCCCAAAGACCCGAAAACCUAAAGUUAAUAACUUUGUAUUGGUCUUAGAGCAGUUCCUAGAAAAGCAUAAUCUGACAGCCGACUAUACUCCAGAACAAUUAAAUAAACAUGCUCCCAAACUCGAUGUAUUACUUCCUGAUUGGAUGGCUCGCAGGUGUGUUAAAGUCGCUCUUGCCAGAGGUACUAAUAACAGACGCUCAUUUAGUGAAGAGCAGAUAGAGGCUCUCUUACCAGAUAAGAGAAAAAGAAAACUCACCAUAGAGGAAAGGGCAAAAUAUUGCGCUAAAAUCGGCGAUGCUAUGGAUAUUUUCACCCAUCAUUUAGAUUUAGUAGAAGGUGGAGUAAGUCCCAAAAUUAUUACUACCUAUGCCAAAGAUCCAAAACUUAUUCAAGAGUCUAAUAAAAUUCAGAAAAAACAAACUAAAAAACGAAUGGCUAAUCCGGAUAGAAUUCCAAUACACUUCUCAUCAGCAAGAGUGCUUAAAGGAUUCAGAAUAUGGAUAUCUGCAGAAGUAAGAUCUCUUCAAAUUAUUCACUAUGAACCAGAUCCUUUGAAUGCUCCAGUAUGGUAUAAAGAAGGUUAUUCUUGGUACUGUACGGGCUAUUUAAAAAGUAGAGGAGAAAAGAAAAAGAAUCUCGAGCCCCGACUAUUUCUUUCUAUGGAGAAGAACCCGGAACGCGCAAGGGAAUUGCUUACUUGGAUUCAAGAUGCAAUUAAGGUUAAAAAGUUAUCUGACUUUGUCUUUACUAGAAAUGAAACACAUAAUGCUUGGCCAUUUAACGAGUUUUUAAAACAAGAACCUUAUAGAACCAUACCUAAAAAAUUAAGAGAUUAUAGAAGUAAACACGCUUCCAGAAUCCAUAGUGGUAAGAAACCAACACCCCAACAUCUUAAACUGCUUUCAAGAAUCGCAAUGAGGCAAGAAUCAGACCACCUCGAUGCAGGUGAUAAUUACGCUAUAGGUGAUACAGAAUCAGAAGAGUCUGACUCCGAACCAGAGAUAAGCGACAGUCCAAAACCCCAAACGCAGGGUUCUUAA